AUGGAAGUCAGGAAAUCAUCUGUUGUGUCACGCGCAUUUUUCGGUAGUGCUGAGUCGAAAGUGACCCUCCGGUUGCUCACCAUCUCAGACAUCCCUCCGGACAAGACAACUCCUCCUAUGGUUGCCCAUUUGAGUUGGCCCGGGGCUGAAAAGUACCCGCCGUUUACUCUCGAACGUCAUUUGGCCGACUUUGUUGGUCUAUAUCCGCGACUUGUCACUAAUGAUUCCCUCAUCCGAGCACGUGGAUUAUUCAGGAAGCUGAUUGCUACUUCCACCGUAUGCAUAUUUGCACUAACACUUUGGGUUUCUCCGGAGCAGUCCCGUUCACCGCAAUUUCCGAGCGAUUUACCAUAUUUCUGA